CUCCUCUCCUAUUGCCUGCCCCUGCCCGCUCCCUUCCCGCUCUGUACAGCCCUUCCUCCGUCCGUCCGUCCGUCCGAGCGGGGACAGGCUCCUGCUGUGGACCCCCAGUUUCCAUCCUGCGCUCAGCAAUGCCCUUUUCUGGUGCAACUGGACCCUCUGAGGAAUCCCUCUGGAGCUCAAGGCCAGCCUGCAGGGUAAGGUGAUAGAGCCGUGGUGCUGCCUCCUCCUGCGUCAGGGCUGCCCUCCCAGCUACUGCACGACUCCUGUUCCCAUAGGAAAUGGAGUCCAAGGUCUCCGAAGGCGGCCUGAAUGUCACCCUCACCAUCCGGCUGCUGAUGCAUGGCAAGGAAGUUGGCAGCAUCAUUGGAAAGAAAGGAGAGACUGUGAAGAAGAUGCGUGAGGAGAGCGGGGCAAGGAUCAAUAUCUCGGAGGGGAACUGCCCUGAGCGAAUUGUGACCAUCACUGGCCCCACCGAUGCCAUCUUCAAGGCUUUUGCCAUGAUUGCCUACAAAUUUGAGGAGGACAUAACCAACUCAAUGAGCAACAGCACUGCUACCAGCAAACCCCCAGUGACACUGAGACUGGUCGUGCCAGCUAGUCAGUGCGGCUCACUGAUCGGCAAAGGAGGCUCCAAGAUCAAGGAAAUCAGGGAGUCCACAGGUGCUCAGGUUCAAGUGGCGGGGGACAUGCUGCCCAACUCCACGGAGCGGGCGGUGACAAUCUCGGGGACACCCGACGCAAUUAUCCAGUGUGUCAAACAGAUCUGUGUGGUGAUGCUGGAGUCCCCACCAAAAGGUGCCACCAUUCCCUACCGCCCAAAGCCCGCCUCCACCCCUGUCAUUUUUGCAGGUGGUCAGGUAAGAGCCGACCCGCUUGCAGCCUCCACUGCCAACCUCAGCCUUUUACUGCAGCACCAGCCGCUGCCCGCCUAUACAAUUCAGGGACAAUACGCUAUUCCACACCCGGAUCAGUUGACCAAGCUCCACCAGUUGGCUAUGCAGCAAACCCCCUUUACUCCCCUUGGACAGACCACCCCCGCUUUCCCUGGAGAAAAGCUGCCCUUACAUUCCUCCGAAGAAGCUCAAAAUCUGAUGGGCCAAUCAUCAGGUUUGGAUGCCAGUCCCCCGGCCAGUACUCAUGAACUCACCAUUCCCAAUGAUCUAAUAGGCUGCAUCAUCGGACGCCAAGGGACCAAAAUCAAUGAGAUUCGGCAGAUGUCGGGAGCGCAGAUCAAAAUCGCCAACGCCACGGAAGGCUCAUCGGAGCGCCAAAUCACCAUCACAGGGACCCCUGCAAACAUCAGCCUCGCGCAGUACCUCAUCAACGCCAGGCUGACGUCUGAGGUCACUGGAAUGGGCGCACUCUAAUUUCCACCCACCAUCCUCCACUCCGCACCACCCGACCCUCUCCAGCCACCGGCACCCAGCCUGUACUGCCUGUACUUUUAUCCCUUUGCCUCCACACGUGCUCUUUUCUUUACUAACGACUCUAAACAGACGUAUAAAUACACAUAUGCACACAACGGGAACGUUUCUUUACGAGCUCCUUACUGUGCUCCCGAGGCUGCUCCCAAACUCUUUGGUUAUGGUCCUUAUUUGCAGCGUACGGUGUUAUUGCUUCAUCUGCUUUUAUUUUGGGGGGUGGGGUGUUGGGUUUUUAUUCUUGCUGGGGAGACUUCAGGAGAUGACAGGGUCUCUAGUGUCAAUCUAGCAUAGUAGCUACUUACACGUUUGAGUUGAUGUUGGCGGUACUUGCUGUAGCCUAUGGACCUGUGACGCCGCCCAGAGCUGUGCGUGCUUCAGAGUACUUACUUCUCUCACACUUCUUCCUUUGAUGCUCCCUCUUCAUUUGCUUUGCUUGUCCCGGCUCACCUUUGCCACCUUGCAUCCCUGCCCUCAGGGUAGGGUGUAGUUUCCACCCUUUGGGAAGCAGAACAUGGAUGCGGGAGCCAACCCAAUGUGCAACCCGCAGCCUUCUCUCUUUGCCACAUGGCAGGGUCCAGACAAGCCAUUUUUCCUACUAAACGAAGGGAAUCACACCCACCCCUCCACAAAAAUAAUCCUCUUUUUUAACUAACAAAGCAACUGGAAGUGGGAAGAAUUCAGCUGUCCAGGAUUCACACCCCCAGGGGCAUUUGAAAGCACUCUUUUAACAACCCCCAUAGAGCAACCCCCUUGGACGAUAGCUCAGGAAGCUCUGUAAGCUGGCUGUGUUUGUCAUUUGUGUUCAAUAAAUGUCUGUGCAGCUCUGCUACU